UUGAGCAUGGGCGAGAGAGGAGCAUGUGAAAGCGACAAAAGGGCUUCCAAAGGCUCAGGCUGGCCACUGGCCACACACUCGAGCCCUGACCACGGCCGCUCGCGCUCUUCAUUGUAUGACGAGGCGUGACUGCUUGUGCGCUUGUGUGCGCACGCCCCUGGAUGGAUGGCGAGUAGCUUCCUCUUCCUCGAGCGAGCGAGCGUGAAAUGAGGAGCAAGUGAUUGUAACGAGGGCGAGGGCGCGAUUGCAAUGGCCGGGGAGCGCAAGGUGCUGCUGGUGUCGGCUGGAGCCAGCCACACCGUAGCCCUCCUGUCCGGCCAAGUGGUGUGCUCGUUUGGGCGGGGCGAGGACGGGCAGCUGGGUCACGGAGAUGCGGAGGAUCGGCUCUUGCCGCGGAUCAUCGGUGCGCUCAACGACUGCGAGAUCUCGCUUGUGGCGUGCGGCGCGGAUCACACCACCGCCUACUCUGCAACCAGGCUCACCAUCUACAGCUGGGGCUGGGGCGACUUUGGGAGGCUCGGCCAUGGCAACUCGAGCGAUCUCUUCGUACCCCAUCCAAUCAAGGCGCUGCAGGGCCUCGAGAUCAGGCAAAUCGCUUGCGGCGACAGCCAUUGCCUGGCGGUGACCGCGGAUGGAGAAGUCUACAGCUGGGGCCGGAACCAGAAUGGUCAGCUCGGGCUGGGAGAUACCGACGACUCGCUCGUCCCGCACAAGCUACUAGCUUUCGAGGGGGUGUCCGUCAAGAUGCUCGCAGCAGGGGCGGAGCACACGGCAGCUGUGACCGAUAGCGGCAAGCUCUACGGCUGGGGGUGGGGGCGCUACGGAAAUCUAGGCCUGGGCGAUCGGGGCGACCGGAUGCUACCGGCUGAAGUGCCUGCUGUUGGGGAUGAAAAGAUGUGCAUGGUGGCGUGCGGGUGGAGGCACACCAUCGCCGUGUCCCAGUCCGGCAAGCUCUACACGUAUGGGUGGAGCAAGUAUGGGCAGCUCGGGCAUGGCGACUAUGCGGACCAUCUCUUACCACACCAGGUGGCAGCCCUGGCGGAGUUCAACAUCACACAGGUGUCUGGAGGCUGGAGGCACACCGUUGCUCUAACGGAAGCGGGCAAGCUUUACGGAUGGGGGUGGAACAAGUUUGGUCAAGUUGGUAGCGGGGAUGUUGAUGAUCACACCAGCCCGCAAUUGAUUUCCAUUCCAGGACAGCACCAGAGAGUGGUGCAAGUCUCGUGUGGUUGGAGACACACCGUCGCGGUGACUGACAAGAACAAUGUGUAUUCCUGGGGGCGAGGAACAAGCGGGCAAUUGGGACACGGAGAUGCUGUGGACAGAAGCGCACCUAAAGGCAUCCAAGCUCUGAGUGCCGACGGCUCGGCCUGUGAGGGCCUGGAGAAAUCACCGGAGCCGGCUGUAACCGGAAGUGGCGUUGCAAAUUGGAUAUCGCCAUCCGAGAGAUAUGCUGUGGUUCCAGAUGAAGCUGUGUUGGUGGGGCAGAUGGGAGAUGCCAGUGUCCCAGACACGGACAUAAAGCGCAUUAGAACAGACUAGAAUGUAUAGGUGGUAGUUGUAGUUUUUCUUCUCGUUGUGUUUCCUUUGAAGCAAACAAACAUGCUGCUGUAAAUUAAACACUUAAUUUCUCUCUC